AUGAUGAUUAAAAUAGUUGGAUAAUUCUAUAUAAAGACAAUUUGUUUAAUUAUCAGGUUCAAAAAUUAAGAAAUGUCUUUUGGAGUUCCAUUUUUGAUUUAACACAAUAUUAAUGAAUAAUAUUUAUCAAUAGAACUUUAAAAUGCUAAAUAAAAUAAGAUUGAUGAGUUUUUUGUAGUUUAAAAGAAAAAGAGAGAGCCUGGAUCUUUAUUGGUGAUAUUUGAUAUGAAAUGA